AUAAAUCCCCGUUUUGCUUAUUUGAGAAAAGCACUUUGAAGAGUGUAGUAGGCACAGCGUUGUAGCUCUGCAGACGAUCCGUGACACACAGACGAUGAUUUUCCUUCCCAUACAAGAAAUACUUCCCAUACAAGGAGUUUGGCAUGGGCCCAGCUCGUCCAGAUCAGUAGAGCAAGCACUGCCCUCCUGCAAAGUGAUGGGGAAGGGAGACGGGCUCAAGGCGUAGAGGGGAAACCGGGCACACGGAUAUCUGUCUGGAAGCAAAGAGCCAGAAAUCACAGCACCUGGAACAUAGAGAGUAUAAAAACUCAAAAAAGCAAAACAAAUUGAAAAUAGCCACAAGAAGAACUGACAGCGGUUGCCGGGUAUCUGCACAUUCCAGUAAUCUGAGAGACCGCAGUGAUGAAAUGGAAGUUGGGAACAUAACCUACUAAACACCUAGCCAAAUCAGCUGAAGGGGGGGGGGGGUGCUAAGACGGGGAGAGGAGCGCCGUGUUUAUUCCAGAUGUUGGUGAAGCAGCUGGAGCUGAAGUAGCAGGAAGCAGAAGUAACUUAGUACAGAGAGCGAAAUUACUGAGGAUUAAGAACAAGUCAAUUUUCUGCAUCCGGCCGGAGCUUUCUCCUCUGCCCCGGGGACCAGGAAUCCGGCUCCUGACACAGAAUGGGCUCCAGCAGCAUCCUUCCUGGUGGAUUCUUAAGAAUGUUCUUGUGUCUUGGAAGGACCUAGGACCUGUAUCCCGAAACCUCUCUCUUCUAACUGACGCAAGAUAAUGUCUAUGAUGUUUGGGAAACCCAGAGCUCUGCACGCGUCCCACUUCUCUUCAAAUGAACGCAGUCCACACGCAGAAUGCAACCUGGUGCUGCUGGGGUGUCGAGGAGCCGGGAAAUCAGCACUCACGGUGAAGUUCCUGACCAGACGGUUUAUUAGUGAAUACGACCCCUAUCUUGAGGACACAUACAGCUCAGAAGAAGUGGUGGACCAGCAACCGGUUCUCGUACGAGUCAUGGACACAGCCGAUCAAGACGGGCCAGUGAAUCCUGAACGGUACUUAGCCUGGGCCAAUGCCUUCCUAGUGGUGUACAGCAUUGAUAACAAGAAGAGCUUUGAGAGCUGCCUUCAAUACUUGGAGAUCAUCUCUCAGUAUAACAAAGGAGCCGUACAUGAGAACCCGGUUCUGCUUAUAGGAAACAAGCUUGACAUGGAACGGUACAGACAGGUCAGCAAGGCAGAUGGUUCAGCUCUCGCCUCCCGCCACGGCUGCCUUUUCCGGGAGGUCUCUGCUUGCCUGGAUUUCCGAUUGGUGCAGCGGGUGUUUCACGAUGCCAUUCACGAAGUGAGGAGGGACGCAGAGAGGUCCAAUCAUCUUAGACCGCCAUUGUACAUCAGCGAGGAGAGGGCACUGCUCGGCUUGCCCCCCUUGUCCUCCUCUGCAAUGUCCAGCCGCCACGGCAUGCCUACCCUCAGCACCCUAUCCCCUCUAAGUUACAAAGAGAUCCCUUCUGUGGCUCAAGCCAAACUUGUCACGGUGAAGUCAUCUAGGGCCCAGAGCAAACGUAAGGCGCCGACGCUGACCCUUCUUAAGGGGUUUAAGAUUUUUUAAGGCCAAACUCCUUUAUUGGCAUGAAAUACCAAAUCCUGAGUCACUAUUUAUGAACUGAAUAACUAAGGAUGGCCAAGAGCUGAAGCUAAUGUAUCUGAACUAUUAUUUUUUUAAUCUUGAGGUUGACAAUGCAGUGAAUAAGGCCAGGCCGAGGGGGUAGUCAAAAAGUCGGCCACCUUGGGAACUUCACCAAGAGAGGGGGGGUGCCAAAAGGGAUUACAACCUAUAUUACAGAAGAAGUGGGCAAAGGGGGCUCACUUUUGUAAUUUUGCCGUGGUGCUGAAGAUCUUAUCCAAGAACUGGCGGUGAAGAACUGUACAGCAAUUUGAGGAACGUUGCAUGAACAAGGCAAGGCCGAGGGGUAGUCAAAAAGUCAGCCACCUUGGGAACUUCACCAAGGGAGGGGGGUGCCAAAAGGGCCUACAACCUAUAUUACAGAAGAAAUGGGCAAAGGGGGCUCACUUUCGUAAUUUUGCCUUGGUGCUGAAGGAUCUUAUCCAAGAACUGGCGGUGAAGAACUGUACAGCAAUUUGAGGAACGUUGCAUGAACAAGGCAAGGCCGAGGGGUAGUAAAAUAGUUGGCCAACUUGGGAACCUUACCAAGGGAGGGGGUGUUAAAUGGGCCUACAACCUAUAUUACACACGUAGUGGGCAAAGGGGGCUCACUUUCGCAAUUUUGCCUUGGUGCUGAAGGAUCUUAUCCAAGAACUGGUGGUGAAGAACAGCACAGCAAGUUGAGGAACAUUGCAUGAACAAGGCCAGGACAAGGGGUAGUCAAAAAGUUGGCCACCCUUGGAAACUUCAGCAAGGUAGGGGGUGCUAAAAGGGCCUACAACCUAUAUUACAGAAUUAGUGGGCAAAGGGGGCUCACUUUGGUCUAUUUUGCCUUGGUGCUAAAGGCUCUUGUCCAAGCACAAGUGGUGAAGAACACCACAGCAAUUUGAGGAACAUUGCAUGAACAAGGCCAGGCUGAGGGGUAGUCAAAAAGUUGGCCACAUUGGGAACUUCAGCAAGAGAGGGGGUGUUAAAUGGGCCUACAACCUAUAUUACAUAAGUAGUGGGCAUCCUGCUAAAGGAUCUUGUCCCAGCACUGGUGGUGAAGAACAGCACAGCAAGUUGAGGAACAUUGCAUGAACAAGGCCAGGCCAAGGGGUAGUCAAAAAGUUGGCCAACUUGGGAACUUCAGCAAGGACGGGGGUGUUAAAUGGGCCUACAACCUACUGUAUAUUACACAAGUAGUGGGCAAAGGGGACUCACUUUGGUAAUUUUGUCAUCCUGCUAAAGGAUCUUGUCCCAGCACUAGUGGUGAAGAACACCACAGCAAGUUGAGGAACAUUGCAUGAACAAGGCCAGGCCGAGGGGUAGUCAAAAAGUUGGCCACAUUGGGAACUUCAGCAAGAGAGGGGCUGUUAAAUGGGCCUACAACCUAUAUUACACAAGUAGUGGGCAUCCUG